GCUAUGGAAAUCAAACCUUCAUUUUCUCUCAUCCUUUGCUGCUGCCUCUUCUCGUCGUUCAUCUUCUUUCCACAGGGGAUUGUCCCUCGUACCCUACUGGAGUUUCAAGAAGGUAACAAUGGACGAAGCAAGGCGUCAGUAAGUGCAAGCCGUACAAAUACAGCACCGUCUCAGGCUGGCCAGAAUCCAUUUCCAGUCGUACCUAGACAGAAUACUCCGACGAGUCCGACCUCUCAGUCAAUGGUUCGCGUGGUGGUGCAUUCUCCUCCGCCUCCGACCUCAGAGUCGUGGGGCGAGUAUUCUCCACCGUCUCCGACCGCGCAGUCAUCGAUUCCCGUAAUGUAUUCCCCUUUGACUCCGACCGGAGAGUCAUGGGAGUAUUCGCCUCCGCCUCCGACCUCACAGUCAUCGGAAGAAGUGUCGAGUGAAGAUUGCAACUGGACCAGUUCUUAUAGUCAAGCUAAUUGUGAUCCUUAAAGAUGAACCUACAUCGAAAAUGUAUAGCUGGAAUAAAUAGAGAUUCUUGCGCUCUUUGAUCCUCCUGGAA